AUGCCAAGUAUCAAGGUUGUUUUCAGCACCAAUGACACUUUCGACGGUAGGGAUCUCUCCCGGAUUUGGCAGCGCGAGAAUGCUAAACACAAAGCGCUGGUUUUAACCCAACCAGAUUACCAAUUCCCAAAACUACAAUAUUCGUCGUACGCCGACGAUAAACUUGAGAAGCCAGUUGUCAUUCAAGAUCUGAAAUGGUCUAACGACGGUACAUCAAUUGUAUCCGUGUCCAAUGACAGCGGGGUUAGACAGUACUUGGUUCCCGAGGCGACCAGUGACUGUACACCUGAAUUAGUCCCCUUUACAAGGGUCUUCAAAAAUAGGUCUAUUGUAUCGAGCUGCAUUAGCCCGAGGUAUUCUCUGUACAACGAGAACACGUCCGGUAAUUUUGUAUUACUAGGUUCGCGGGAUAUCCCCAUUCAGCUGUACGGUCUAUCUGCUGGUAGUGAAGAACAGGUUAAUUUCAGUUACAGUACGCUGGAUCAGUUGAACGAGAAUUACAAUGUACCUUAUUCUUUGCACAUUUUCCCGAGGGCCGCUGACGACCGGUUCUACAUGGGUUCCACUAGAAACAGAGUAUCUGUUUACGAUAUGAACCGUGACAAGCCCCUGUUGGAGUUGCAAUCGACGCGCCGCCAGUGCGGGAAAUCCGCGUCCCACAAGUCUAUCGUGUCCUGUUUCAACGACACGAAGGUCAAUAACAUGGUCGUAUUUGGCAACUACCACAACGAGUUGCACGGGCUGGACGAGCGAUGUUGUGAGCUCACCCAGCUCGCUAAGUCGCACGGGGGUAACGGGAUUUACCAAGUUUUAACAAGUGAGAACGGACACUACUGCUACGUUUUGAAGAGGCACUCGAGUGAAAUCAGCGUCCUCGAUGUGAGACAGUCUUUCCAGAGGGUCAACUCUCUGAAACUUCCCGAGACGACCCGGAACCAAAAACUGUACGCUACAAACUGCCCAGAUAAAGGCAUACUCAUGGGCACCCCCAGGGGGACAAUAUGCUGUUGGGACCGACUUGUAGUCGAGUUUGGCGGCAUUGACGUGAAGGCAACAUCCCCAGAAGAAAACCUACCCCACUGCACACCAACAGAAUACACUUUCCUGCAAGAAGACACCAACAACACCAACAUAACGGAGGCAUCGAGGAUCGGAAUAGCAGCGACCAACGCAUCCGACCCGCUGUCGAUGGCCUUCAGUUACAACGCUGACAAGUUCAAAACGACGACCGCUACAGAAAGUGACACAAAAUCGGGCUUCGUAAUUACCGAAUUCGGAAACGAGCGAUGA